AGCUCCUUCAGGCUCUCAGGUUUUCACUCCGCAGCCAGAGCCCUGCCAGAGGCCACCGCUGCGGGUACCAGAUAGGAUCACGGCGGCGCUGACCCACCAGAGCCACCUGAACCCCCUGGACCGCUGGCCCACCCGAGACCACAUGGAGGCGCAGGGACACGAAGACCCGGGGGGCGCGCUGCGGGAAAUGGCAGAAAGUCUAUUUCAGGAACUUCAAGAACAUUUUCAAGCUCUAACUGCAACAUUAAACCUCAGAAUGGGAGAAAUGGGAAACCGCCUCCAGGACUUGCAGAAGAAUGUGAAUGCCUUAAUGGUGCAAGCUGGGAUCAACAAUGCUAUCAAAGAACAAACGACAGGAGUGAGCUCUCUGGACACCUGUGACCCGGGUGAUGGAAUGUCAAUGCUAAUUGAUGCGAAGCACACUGUUCACUCACCUUGAUGAUUUGUCUUUUCUGGAUGUUUCCAAUAAGUGGAAUCAGACAAUAUAAGGACUUCUACAUCCAUCUUCUUUCACUUAGCAUCAAUAAAAUAAAAAUAAAAAAAGAUGUUUGCUGAAUGGCAGAAUGUCUCCCUCAAUCCACACCAUUUUGUAAAUCACACAAGAAAAGCAUGAGCUGUGAUUCAAAUUUUUUUCUGAAUUAAAUUCUAUAUAGAUCUUUUUUUUUUUUUUAAAGAUCAUAAGCAGUUUUCUGGUGUAGGUUGCUUUCUAUAUGUUUUUUAAUUGAUUUUUUUUUUUUUAGAGAGAGAGGAAGAGACAGGGAGAGAUAGAAACAUUGCCGAGAAACAUCACCAUCAACUGGCUGCCUCCUGCAUGCCACCCACUGGGGAUUGAGCCUGCAACCUGGGCAUAUGCCCUGACCAGGAAUCGAACCAGUGAUCUCUUUGGUGCAUGGGCUGACGUUCAACCACUGAGCAGACCAGCUGAGCAGAAGUUGCUUUUUAAAUGGCUGCAUCACUUUGUUACCAGAAAAUCAGUGGGCCAGAUUUCCCAGACACUAGUGGGCAUGAGAUUCUUGGGGUACCGCUGAAAUAGCAUUUUCAGAAGCCCCCAUGGGAGAAUGAGAUGUGGUAAAAAGCUGUGUUUGGAGUUACUUUCCUUGUGUUAUAAAGUCUCAUGUCCCUUAACCUAAUUCUGAAAAAGGUACAGCUGGGAGUUCAGCAAAACCAAGAGCAAGGCCAGUGUCCCAAGCUUCAGAUCCAUGUUGCAGCUGGUCCAGUUCAGCAUCAGGCUAAUUAAAGUCCGUCAGUCCAUUGUGUGGAGCCCAGUGCUGAGGCCCAUGGGCGAAUGCAGGGGAAGGUGCCCCCUGCCAUGGGAGGGGCAGGAGCGCAGGCAUGCAUCAGAGGCAAGGACCAAGAGAGGGAACUUCUUUUGUUCAGAAGUUUAAAUAUUCAGGUUUCAUGCCCUUGUAGUGGCCACACCUAUUCUGGCCACUAAUUUGUUCUCAGGUGUGACUGACAGACACCUUCCCAAGUCACUCAGACUUUACUGGGCAUGUGUGUCAACUGCCUUUGUCCAUUUCCUUCCCCCAUCAAUCGGUGGGGAACAGACUUGGAGAGUAUUAAAUUAACAAAGCUGUGUAAAUGGCAUGCCUAUUAUCUAGUCUUCCCUUUACUCCUUUCCUAUUAAGUAAUAACCAGGUUAUUAUUACAAUGGUAUCAAGUCACCAUUUCCAGUCACAGUGUUUAUUGAAGACUAAUGUUAAUCUGUCUAGUCCAGACAGGCUCUGAUAGCAACACCCUCCAAACCAAACUAAUUUAAACCAAGAAGGCAGGUGAACCAGAAGCACUGCUGACUCCCGAGGUAACCCUCACCUCUCACCCCACUGGAGGCAGUUAGCAAUUAGAUCUUUGUAGGUUAUGGAGAAACGCUUUCAAAUAAUUAUCCAAUUCCCUUUUAUCUGAGCCAGAGUAAAAUAAACAUUAUCACCCCCAAAAGGGGUCAGUUGUAGGCUCUACUGUAAAAAAUAACAUUAUUCCUGCAUAUAAAAUAAAUCAUAGUCUUCAUUUAAAAGUCAAAAUCAACUACAGUUGGCCCUAGCCCAGCCGUGGGCAAACUACGGCCCACGGGCCGGAUCCGGCCCGUUUGAAAUGAAUAAAACUAAAAAAAAAAAAAAAAGACCGUACCCUUUUAUGUAAUGAUGUUUACUUUGAAUUAAUAUUAGUUCACACAAACACUCCAUCCAUGCUUUUGUUCCGGCCCUCCGGUCCAGUUUAAGAACCCAUUGUGGCCCUUGAGUCAAAAAGUUUGCCCACCCCUGCCCUAGCCAGUUUGGCUCAGUGGAUAGAGCAUCACUCUGAGGACUGAGAGGUCCUGGACUGAAAGGUCCUGGGUUUGAUUCCCGUCACGAGCAUGUACCCCGGUUGCAGGCUCCUCCCUGGCCUAGGCCCUCGUUGGGGCUUGUGCAGAAGGCAACCAAUCGAUGUCUUUCCCUCU